GAAAAUGGUGAAGAUAGAAGUUCACAUCAUUUCAAAAGAACUCAUCAAACCAUCUUCCCCAACAAUUCAGCAGAAAAAACCCUACAAACUCUCCCUUAUUGAUCAGCUCAACCCCGCAACUUAUACCCCAGCUAUCUUCUUCUACCCCAUGAACGAUGCCAGUUUCAACAGUGUUACCGCCAAAACCAGAAUUGAUAGCUUAAAGAAAUCUCUCUCAGAGACCCUUAACCUUUACUACCCCUUUUCUGGAAGGGUUAAAGAUAAUCUCUUCAUUGAUUGUUUCAGUGAAGGCGUUCCAUUCCUUGAGGCCCAAGUUAAUUGUCGCUUGUCUGAUUACCUUAAACACCAUGAAGUUGAGUCACUGAACCAUUUCCUUCCAUGCCAGCCCUUUACAAAAGAAAACAUGAGUGCACCUAUAUCAGCUAUUCAAGUGAGCAUAUUUGCCUGUGGAGGAAUAUCACUUGGCUGGACAGUUUCACAUAAGCUCGUUGAUGGGGGAACAGCCAAGACUUUCCUUUCAGCUUGGGCAUCUAAAUCUCGAGGAGAACAUACGGAGGCUCCUGAUUUCAGUAAGGCGUCACUCUUUUUUCCUCCAAGAAAUCCACUUCCACAAAACCAUAUAUCGCUAACGGAAACCUUGUGGUUUACGGAAGGAAAUUACAUUACAAGAAGGUUUGUCUUUGAUCCCAAAGCGAUAGCAAUGUUAAGGGCUAAGGCCAAAGCUGGCAAGCCGGACACUAAGCCAUCAAGAACCGAGACAUUGUCAUGUUUCAUUUGGAAAUGCUGCAUGGCUGCUUCAAAGGCAAUAUCAGAUUCACCAAAGCCAUCCAUUUUGGUCGAAGCAGUGAAUCUCCGGUCGCGUACGAAGCCACCCAUGUCCGAAGCUUCCAUUGGAAAUAUCUUUUGGUGGGCAACUGCUGUUGCCAACCCCACAGACACAAACACAGAACUGCAUGAAUUGGUAAACCAGUUGAAUGAAGCUAUUGCACUGUAUGAUAGUGAUUAUACACGAACUAUGCAAGGUGAAGAAGGGUUUGAAACCAUGUCUGAUUACUGCAGCCAGCUAGAAGGGUUAUUCUCUCUUGAAAAGCCAGAUAUAUUUGCUUUUACUUGUUGGUGUUAUCUUGGUUUAACCAAGGCAAACUUUGGAUGGGGAGAGCCCUGCUGGGUUGGUCUCAUGGGCAAAGUUGGCCCUGCAUUCAGAAAUCUCACUGUACUUGUCGAAACCAAAGAUGGUAACGGGAUGGAGGCAUGGGUCACCUUAGAUGAGGAACGAAUGGCUAUAUUGGAACGUGAUCCUGAAUUUUUGGCAUUUGCUUCUCCAAAUCCUAAGUUUUCAAGCCUUUGAUGUUUUUCCUUUCAAAUCCUACCAUUUCAGGUCCUGGGGUAAAAUAAUUAUGAUCUUGUUUAGUUUGCUAGCUUGGAGUUAGACAAAUUAACGACUCUCUAGAAUAAGCUCGACUAUAUAUCCAUGCAUGCUGCUGGUUUCCUCCCUCUUCCC